AUGAUACUCAAUUUACUCUUUAUUAUUUUGUCGUCUAAUCGUGGAAACAGUGCAGGGAUAAAGAAAAAACGAAAUCUUCUAAGGGUAGGUUUUUUUGCUUUUUUAGUUUACAAGAACUGUGCUGAAGUUUACAAAAGCGGCAAGAAGAUCAGUGGAGUGUACAAAAUCAAUCCUGAUGGUUUGGGCGAAUUUGAAGUGUUCUGUGAUCAGAAAACAGCCGGUGGAGGUUGGACGGUGUUUCAGAAGAGGCGAGAUGGUUCUGUUGAUUUCUUCCGCGCUUGGGAUGAUUACAAACGCGGUUUUGGCAAUCUGAACGGCGAGUUUUGGCUCGGUUUGGACAAGAUACAUCGGCUGACUGUAAGUGGUGGUUACAAACUUCGAGUGGACUUGGAAGAUCAUCAAGGCAAAACUGCAUUUGCAGAGUACAGCUCAGUUGCAGUGACAAGCGAGAGAGCGAAAUAUCAGCUAAGUUUGGGAAGUUAUUCAGGUAAAACCCGUUGGUGGACUAAAAUAGUUGACUUUAUUACUUCUGGGAAACUACCCCCUUCUCCUCUAACUUCUCACUCAGUGGGAAAUUAAGGCAAACUGUUAAAUUAGAAGAGAGGUAGGUGAGCAGUUUUCCAGAUCUUCUUCUCCCAUUUGCGUCGACUACACAACAAUAAGUGCGAAUGAAGUUGGAGUGUAGAUGAAUUCAAAUAGCUUAACAGACUGAUUGAAGUACACAACUAAUAAUGAGCAACGUCACGACGACGGCAAGAGCAGCAAAAAAGUCACCCAAAAAGUGAAUUCGCGCCGUUUUAAUUUCACCUCUUUUAACUUGUCAAAUGUUGGCGAUUAUCUCAGGGGUUGAAUUCUAAGGGACUCUAUCCACGUUCAAAAAAAAGAAAAAGAAAAUCGUUGUCUUGUGUUCACGUCCUCCAUAAAACGUGAAAUUAGGAAGACGUGCAGAGUUGUUGCCAAUCUAAACCCAUUCCCUUUUUGCCAUUCUCGUUGCCGUCAACGUCGUCGUUGUUUUUAAAAGCUCUCAAAUAUAUAUAGGGCUGAACUUUUGAGGGUACUUCCACCAAUCUCAACUGCACAAAGCCCCUUGGGGACUAAAAGUGUUUUUGGCCAAGUUUUGUUUAUUAUGUGGUAAGUACACCUAUACAGCAACCAUUUGGUUAAAAUAUCGUGCGACAACUUCACUCUGUCUUAAAUAACGACUAUAACUAUUCAUUCAAUAUAUUUCUCCACUUCUGAUUGGCUAAAGUUCCACGCAUAAUUUAUCACAACCAGCUACUGUCGGCCAAAUUUGGAAGAAUUUUGCGAAAAAUGAAGUCAAAUGUGCAGCAUAAUUACCAUAAAACUGCACACUCAGUUAACCGAGAAGACCUGGCGAAAAGGUUAUGAGUUGUUGUUUGUAGUGAGUGCAUAAUGGCGGAACAUUUCACUCGUUUUAAGAGGAGGAAAUAGGAGAACUAAUGGCUAAAAACAUAGGAAGAACAGCAGAAGACAACUCGACGGACGACAUCUGCUAUUUGGAUAAUAUUUGCAGUACUGAAAAACCCUUUAUCUCCUAAACUUGCCGAUAAUCAGGCAAUUGAAGAUGACCAUAACAUCGACGGAGCAUGCUUUAGCUUGUUUUUAAACUAGAAAUUAUUUUAAAUGAAUAAUAAAACAAUUAUUGUAUUUGGCUUUCGUAUCAUCUGAAUAAUUAUGAAGAGUCGAAGGGUGUUAUUCGCCUCGGCCAAUAACACCCUCCUUCGAUCUCCAUAAUUCUUCGGAUGAUACGAAGCCUCAUCCAAUACUAAUUGUUAAUUAUGAUCUCAGGUACCGCUGGUGAUUCGCUUAAUUGGCAUCGUGGUAAGUCAUUUUCCACCAAGGAUCGUGACAAUGACAAAUGGAGUGGUGGAAACUGUGCCUUGCGUUGGAAAGGCGCCUGGUGGUACAACAAUUGCCACCACUCCAAUCUAAAUGGUCUGUACCUCAAUGGGAAGGUCGAUGCUAAAGGAAUGUCCUGGCACCACUGGAAAAACAGCUACUAUUCUGUCAAGAGGUCCGAAAUGAAGAUACGACCGAAAGAUUUUUAAGAUGUCGUUGUUAUAACUCAUCAAAAAGAUCCUCGAGAAGUAAAAGUGAUCAAGUUAACUUGACUAUAAGGGGUAAACGGACUUCUGCUUUCGUUUUCACUCAGUUGGUAAUUUUAUACAUGAGAAAAAGGAUUCACUUUCAUGCCG